GCCUGCUCGUGAUACCUCUCCGACUAUGCAUGCGGGAAGCGAACGUGACCCUCGAAUAGCAAAGUCGAGUUCUCUCGCUAGUAGAAAGACGGAGACCUUUAAACUCGUGCGGACACCGUCUGACCAUAUUUCAGCUUUAGGUGAUACUAUCAUAAAUAACGGUGAACAAUGGGCUGUCGUCAAUUCUGUGCAGGCUCCCCGUCGAAGUAAAACCAACAAAGUAGAAAAGGGAGAGAGGAUCUCCAAAAAAGCAAGUGAUCGCGAAAGUGGCAGGAAAGAACGUAAGCGGCUAGGCACAUUCGCUGCUGAUAGUCCUGCAGACUACCAGCGUAGAACAUUCAGUCAAGCUCAAAAAACACCUGUGAAUGGGGACCAUGUCGAAUAUUCGUCAGCGGAAUUUCCUUCGAUCAGACCUUCUCGUGCUCGUAGCCUUGAUGUGCCGCCCCGCCCUGGUAUUGCUCAACCUGUCAUGUCUUCAUAUCACGGAGACACGACAAACCGCAAUAAGGGCAAUGACACACAGCGUGAAGGGAGUCGACAACGGUCUGCACACAGUGGUAGCAGAUAUCAACUUACUUUCCCUAUUCCAAAUGUUGUAUCUCAUGUUGAACAUUUUCCUUCUACGUCAGCUCGGCCCACAUCCGAAUUAUCUGCUGCAGAUAUCAACGCUCUCAGGGCCCGUGAAAUUUGGGAAAUGGACCGCUUAUGGAAGGGGCGCACUAUGUAUCAUGGUGCGCCUGAGGUCAGUGUGAUAAACACGCCCCCUAGCACGAGGGAUUCCAGACACUUUCUACCCUACAGCGAAUCGGCCAGAGAUAACAUAUCCACGCGCAGCGUGGGUCAUGGCUCUAGUCACACGUCUUACGUGGUGCAAACGCCUUUUCAAGCCCAUCCUAUCCCUGCGACCGUCUUUUAUGCCAACAUGCCUUCUGUGCCGCCUCCGAUGAUUAUUGUACCUCCGUGCGGACAGCCUGCACGGCCUUCGUCUUCACUUCAUGACUACUCCGCAACUUACAAAUCUUUACCAGAUUCUUUCACCUUCCCUUCCAAAGAAUCGUUGAUAGAGCACAUGUCCUCUCGGCCUUCCAAUCCUCUG